AGUGAAGUAUCAACCCAGAACUCUCGACAAAGCGUCAUUUUUUUCGUUACGGGUUUUUCGAGUUGCAGAGGAAGCAGGAGAAGGGAUAGAGAGAAGAGGGAAAAAGGAAGAGAGUGAAGGAAAAGAAGAGCAGAACAAAAUAGAUGGAUCGUUUACGUUCUUCUUCUUCUCUAUGUAGAAGUAGAGCGUUGUCGUAUCUCUGUUUCUUUCUGUGUAUCUCUUGCGUCGCAGCAACAGAUUUUAAUGUUACGACUAUUAGGUUUGACGAAGGCUAUUCUCCUCUGUUCGGUGAUUCGAAUGUCGUCCGUUCGUCCGACGGCAAGAGCGUCCAUCUCCUGCUCGACCGUUACACAGGUUCUGGUUUCAUAUCGUCGAGCCUCUACAACCAUGGAUUCUUCAGUGCUAAGAUUAAGUUGCCGGCCGAUUACACAGCCGGCGUUGUCGUCGCCUUCUACACAUCCAACGGAGAUGUGUUCGAGAAGACGCACGACGAGCUGGAUUUCGAGUUCCUUGGAAACAUUCAUGGCAAAGAGUGGAGGUUCCAGACAAACGUCUACGGCAACGGGAGCACCCACCGUGGGCGAGAAGAGAGGUACUACCUCUGGUUCGACCCGACCCGCGAGUUCCAUCGGUAUAGCAUCCUCUGGACAGCCAACAACAUCAUAUUCUACGUGGAUGAUGUUCCAAUCCGACAGGUGGUAAGAAACGACGCAAUGGGUGGCGACUACCCAUCAAAGCCCAUGUCGUUAUACGCAACAAUAUGGGACGCCUCCAACUGGGCAACUUCCGGUGGCAAGUACAAAGUGAACUACGAAUACGCUCCCUUUGUUUCCCACUUCUCCGACCUAGUCCUCCAAGGGUGCCCCUCCGAUCCCAUCCAGCAGCUCCCCACCGGCAGCUGUGCCGAGAAGGAUGCCGAACUGGAGAGUGCAGACUAUGCCGUCAUCACGCAGGAGCGACGCGCCGCCAUGAAGAACUUCAGGCAGAGAUACAUGUACUACUCUUAUUGUUACGAUUCAUUGCGGUACCCUGUCCCACCACCGGAGUGUGUCACAGUUCCAGCGGAGAGGAGGCGGUUCAAGGAUACUGGUAGGCUGAAGUUCGAUAGCCACCACCACCGCCACUCGAAGCGGCCCAGACGGGUUCCGACUGGUUCAGCAUCUAACAAACAGGCCGAGAUGUAAAUGAGGUUGUUGUUAUUUGUGGAGAUGGUGGUUGAUUUUUUUUCUUUCUCAUUGUUUUGUUCAUGUUGAUGUGAUUGUAAAGAAAAAUAUAUCAAUAAGAUCUCAAUAUGAUUUUCCCAUUAUUCAA